CGCCCUCCGCCUUGGCGCAUGCUCAGUGGCCGCCUCGCGCCGCUCGUCCUGAGGGGCGCUACUCUUGCCGCCGAGUGCAGGAAGAGCCUGUCAAGAGUGGAGGCGUCGGCGGCUCUCCUUCCUUCCCUUCAUGGAGCGGAGGGGCCGAGCGCAGGGCGACCUCCCGGCCCGAGCUUCCAAGGGGCCGGUGCUGCAUAUCGCCGUGGUCGGCUUUCACCACAAAAAGGGCUGCCAGGUUGAGUUCUCCUAUCCUCCACUCAUCCCAGGAGAAAGCCAUGAUAGUCACAGUUUGCCAGAAGAAUGGAAGUACCUGCCUUUCCUUGCAUUGCCAGAUGGUGCUCACAACUAUCAAGAAGACACUGUGUUUUUCCAUUUGCCACCAAGAAGUGGAGAUCGGAGCACAGUAUAUGGUGUCUCAUGUUAUAGGCAAAUUGAAGCUAAGGCAUUGAAAGUACGGCAAGCAGAUAUUACCCGAGAAACAGUACAGAAAAGUGUUUGCGUUCUGUGUCAGCUGCCUCUAUAUGGGCUUCUCCAGGCUAAACUACAACUCAUUACACAUGCCUAUUUUGAAGAAAAGGACUUCUCACAAAUUUCAAUUCUUAAGGAACUUUAUGAACAUAUGAACAGCUCGCUGGGAGGAAGCUCAUUGGAAGGAUCACAAGUUUAUCUUGGUCUAUCUCCACGAGAUCUUGUCCUCCAAUUUAGACACAAGGUCUUGAUUCUUUUUAAGCUGAUUCUUUUAGAGAAAAAGGUUCUCUUUUAUAUCUCUCCAGUGAACAGGCUUGUGGGAGCCCUUAUGACUGUCUUAUCCCUCUUUCCUGGUAUGAUAGAACAUGGUCUUACUGACUGUUCACAGUACCGGCCAAGAAAGAGCAUAACAGAGGAUGUUGGUCAGCAGGACUUCCCCCCUCUGGAUUAUUAUGUUUCAAUGUCUUCUACGGCACUUUCAAAUACAAACCUUGGAAUGACAGGAGAACAGCAGGCAUUGUCUGGAAACCAAGAGGAUGAACCUUUAUUCCAGACUGAGGACCAUCUUCAUGAAACCCUGUCCUCAAAGGACACCGAGCAGCAUUUGAAGCCUCCAUCCCGCACUUCUCCAGAAUCCUCUGAAAGUGACUGGGAAACCUUAGACCCUAGUGUUCUAGAGGAUCCCAAUUUGAAAGAAGGGGAACAUGAAAUCCCUGCAGCAGCAGGACAGACUGAAAUCCUCCCAAAGGAAUCUGCAAUCUCUGAAAGCAUUCCAAUUACUGUGCAGCCUCAACCUAACGCAGGCCAUGCAGUGCUUGUUCCUGGACUUAUAUCUGGUUUGGAAGAGGACCAGUAUGGCAUGCCAUUAGCUGUCUUUACCAAGGGUUACCUUUGUUUGCCCUAUAUGGCACUGCAGCAACACCAUCUCCUCUCUGAUGUCAGCAUUCGAGGCUUUGUUGCAGGAGCCACCAAUAUCCUCUUCCGUCAACAGAAGCAUCUUAGUGAUGCUAUUGUAGAGAUUGAGGAAGCUCUUGUCCAGGUACAUGAUCCAGAGCUCAGAAAGAUUUUGAAUCCUACAACAGCUGACCUGAGGUUUGCAGACUUCUUAGUGAAGCAUGUAACUGACAACAGAGACGAUGUGUUCCUAGAUGGCACUGGCUGGGAAGGAGGAGAUGAGUGGAUCCGAGCCCAGUUUGGUUCCUAUCUCCAUUCGCUACUUGCUGCUACUCUGCAGCCAGACAGUGAAAAAAUAUUGUCAGAUUUUGGGACAACUUUUGUAGCAGCUUGGAAGAACACCCACAAUUACCGAGUAUGGAACAGCAACAAACACCCAGCUCUUGCAGAGGUCAACCCUUGCCACCCAUUCCAAGGACAAUACUCAGUUUCAGAUGUAAAAUUAAGAUUAUCACAUUCAGUUCAGAAUAGUGAACGGGGUAAGAAGAUUGGAAAUGCUGUGGUCAGUACCAGUCGGAAUGUUGUACAGACAGGAAGAGCUGUAGGUCAGUCAGUUGGAGGAGCCCUCACAAGUGCAAAAUCAGCCAUGUCCUCAUGGUUUUCUACUUUCACCCAAUCAACACACAGCCUUGGGGAGUAAGAGUUCAGCAGGGGAUCAAAUCUAUGCGUAUAUUUUAAGGAACCAAGAGCAUUUGCUUUUAAAAUGCACAAGAAUGUAGGCAGCAUGAAGAUGAUGAUGAUCUUGAAAUCUGUAUCGCAGGAUGUCACUUUGCAUUCAUGCCUAUUUGUGUUUUAAACCCAAGCCUUGCUGUAGGAGAGAGGCUUUAUUUUCCAAUGUAUGCUGUUCUCUGAGUGGUGAUCUAUGUAAAUUUUGCUGUAUUUUAAGUCCAAUUGUCUAGACUUUUUAAAAAAUGGAGCAGAAUAGAGCUGAGUCAGACUUCUGCUUGAAAGAGAGUAUUUCACUAAGAAGCUAAUGUUUUGCCAUGUAUAAAUGCACGUACACGCACGAACACACACACCUCAAGUCUAUAUGUGGAAGCAAGUACCUUUUCAUUUCAGUGGAGCGUAUUUCCACAAAUGUAUGCAGCAAAAUGUAGCCUAACACUGCAUUUCCAAGCCACUUGAAGAUAUAAUGAAGUCAAACAGAUUAAAUUUAAAUGAGCCAAAUUAAGAUCCCAGAUCCAGUACUUUAAACAUCCGUAACAAAGCUGACAGGCUGACAGAACUGCCCUGAUAGUUUUGUAUCUGCUUGCAACUGUAUUUUUACAAGUUUUAUUUAUAGUUUUUCACUAACAUUUAAAAACUAAAUGAAAACUACAGCUUCAUCAUAACUUAUCCAGCCUAUUUGAAACUUGAAAGAGUUGUCUGGGUAUCUUCUUAGAAAAACUGCUUGCUCAGUACAUACAGACUCCCUUUUUUGUAAUAUCCAUGUGAACUUUUUUGUGUGGUUUUUUUCCUGUCUGUGAGAGACACUGUGAUUUCAUGUUCCCUCUUGCUUAACCAAUAUUCUUGCAAGUGUUAGGGGACUUUCACCUAUAACCAAAUACCUACCUCUUUGGCACAGUUUGACUCUUGAGAUGAAGAGUCAAUGGUGCAUCUUUUUUGAUCCUAGCUGCUAUAUAUAUAUAUAUAUAUAUAUAUAUAUAUAUAUUGAGUUGGACACAUGGGUUCAUAGACCUGAAAAACAAUUGGAGUAUCAGUAAUUGCCACACUCUGAAAUCUAAGUGGAGAGCCUAACUCAGUUUGUGAGAGUAGGUCACAGCUCUAAGCAAAACAGUAAUGUACUAAAAGGAAAUUAUUUCCUUUGCCUAAACUGAUUGUGCUACUCAUUGUAGUAUCAGGCUUUUCAGCCCUCUUUUUUCCCUACUGCAAUCCUCUGUGGCACUGAAACAUGAUCUUGCAGGGUUUCUGGUUCUCUAGAGUGGCUCUGGGAAGAUUAUGCCUGCCUCACUUGUAUUCUUAAAAAUUAUUUUCAUGAGCAACAAGAGCAUUGAAUACAACAACUGGAUGCAACUGUUAAAUCUCUAUCCCAACUAUCUUCACAGACCUGAAAUUACCUAAAUGUCGGAGAGAUUAUAGGGUGCCUAUAUAACUUGUGUCUGCCACUGGUGGGUGAUAUUAAUUUAUGAUUCUGCUGUUGACACAGUUAUCUUUGGCCAGAGGUUCUUGUUUUCUACCAGAGCAAAUAAAUGGUUUUUAGGACAGGCUCUGGUUAUACUAGGAAGGUGUUCAAAUAAGCAGUUAGGACCACAGCAUUUUCCUGUUCAUUUGCCACAGAAAAAAAAUCCUUGUCAGUACUGCAGACAGCUGCAUUUAUUUGCACAUGUAACACGAAAAUUUGUGACCAGUUGUGACAUUGUAUAAGUACAAUGAUAAAAGUUUAAUUUAUACAUUCACACACCAACAUACAAUAUUUUAGAUGGUUGUUUUACAAAUUUAACAGACGCUCUGCCCUUUGUAUAUAAGCCUGUUUGCAAGAAAGCAAGUUUCUUCCAAACAUAUCCUAAUAUGUGAAACAGGAUUUAGCCAAACCCUUGUAUAUUGAAUCGAAAAUGCUAUGCUUUUUCAGUCAGUAGUGCAUUACUAUAUGAAUAAAUUAAAAUAUAGUUCAGUUACUCCUUUGCUGGAUAUAUAGAAUAACUGGGUAUACCAACACAAUUUUUGUAAUAUAGUAAGCAAAUUGAAGUAACAGCUGGGAUAGGAAGUAUACAAGCUCUGGCUAAGAUUUAGAGUUACAGUAUAUAUAUGUAGUGAUGGUUACAGAAGUUCACCAUAGCUCUACACCUUGAUCACUGGGAACUUUAUUUCCCUUCCAGUCCUCUCUGAAGUUUCUGGUUCAAAAUGUUUUCCAGCCCUGCGGGAUCAGGAUCCAGUUGUAACACUGGUUUUCUUCACAGUUGCAACAUUUAAUAUCAUGUUCCCUGUAAAUCAAGAUGUGCUCUAAGUGUGAAAACACACAGGGAACAUGUGAUAUUAAAUGUUGCAACUGUGAAGAAAAAGGCAGUAUACAAGCUCUGGAAAACGUAACAAAAACACGACACGCUAGAUGCUUAAAUCUAAGUUCAUUAUGCAAUCUAUAAUAACCACAAUUUUGAGUGAAUAUUUAGUAUUUUGCAUACUUUAAAAACAUCUUUAUAUUUCAGUAGAAAAAAAUGGCAGUGCUUAAUUGGAUCAGUAAUGUUGAUGCAGUUUAUAAAUAGUAUUGUGUUCUUAAAUAGUUAAUUGGCUACUUUAUAUUAAGGAGACAGUCUGAUACGCAUUGAAUUGUUGUAAGUACACAAUGUGGUGUAUUCAAUUUUUGGAAUAGCAUAUAGUAGUACAUCCAAAAGAAAUCUUCUGAUUCACCCCCAACUAGUUUGUUUUAGUGGAAUACAAAGCAGGGUUGUUCUGAGCAGUAUUUCUGCAUAUUCUAUCAAUUAAUAACUUCCUAUUUGGAUUGUGGGACAGAUACAUUUUGUCUAUUAUUUUCAAUAGAAAGUAUUUGUUACAAGUUGUUUGAAGCACUUUGGAUGAAAAAAAUACCAGGUAAUAUAUAGUAUUGUAGCAUGGAAUUCAUGUUUGCAGUAAACGGAUAAAUGUAACAUAAAAUUCAGCUUUUAUAGUUUCUAUUUUUAUUUUUAUUUUUAAAAAAAUCUGCCGCUUUUAUUGUUGGGACAUUUUGAGAAAGUGAGGUUAAAAAGAGUCUAGUUUCAUAGUACUUCUAGAGAUUUCCUGAGAGUCAGUUUGACCUCUUGAGCAGAAUCAGUGUGUGUUGGAAGCAUAGAGACAACUGUGGGACUCAAAACAAACACACUCCAGAUGGACCCAGGUGGUAAAGUUUAAAAUUACAAACUGCAUACCUGUUCUUGGGAUAAUGAGGGGUGGUAAAAAUAAAAGCAUGUGUAAAAGUCAUUCACUAUAGCCAUGCUCCAUUGUUAAGUGCCAGGUGUUCUUAAAGGGACCUGGGUACAUCUAAGCCUUUCCCACAUGGAAAACAACAUGUGCUAAGAGUAGUUUCCUCUUUUUGGCCAGGCUCUUCAAGCAACCAAAACCCUACAACAGAUCUUACUCAUGUGACACUUUCUUUUGAGGGAAGGGAUGAUGGAUGGGGUGGGCAUGCCUAUGUGCCACACAGCAUAACCACUGAACCAUCUCUCGUUUUUAUUUUCAAUAAUCAAUAUUUCAACGAGUAACAAUAUUCAGGUUUGCUCACAUGUUCAUUCUGUGAGAAACUGAUUGGGGUGCCAACACAGCUUUUACAGUAUUAUACUGCUGUUAGAACUUCUGAUCCUACACACAAUUGAUCAGGCUGCUGACUUAUUUCUAGAAAUUUUAUGUGGUAGUGUUUCCUACUAGAGAUUUGCAUCAUGCAUAAAUGAACAUUGAUUUUUUUUAAGCUCCUGCGAUUAUUUCGAGAUGCGUACCAUAUUACAUUAUCAGUUUCACAAAGCUGGCAUUUAGAUGUGCUACUUUAAAUGUGUUGCCUAAUCAUGGAUUAAUGUUAUUAAACACAACACAGGUUACUUCCCUUUCAAUUUUUGCUGCUACCUGUUGAUGUGGGGAAAUUGGUAUUUCAAAUUUUCAUCUAUUGUCACUGUGCAAAGAGUUUCUUUUGUUCAAAGACUAAAUGCUUCUGCUGUAUAUUUUGUUCUAUAGAAAAUUAUUUUAAAACCUCAUUCAACUUCA